ACAUGUCUCACAGUGUGGUGAGGCUUUAAGAGGACGAGGCUUGCAGAGAGGAAGCUCAGAGACAGACAGACAGAGAGACAGACAGAGAGAGCAGCUGUGUUCAUCGUCUUCAUCACUCAUUUGGAUUACUGAGGGUCAACGUCAACACACUGGUCACAUUAUGGGAGGUAAGCUGAGCAAGAAGAAGAAGGGAUACGAUGUUAGUGACCCAAAAGAGAAAAAAGAUGAGAGUACUGUGGUAGCUACAGCUUCAGUGGAGCACAAAUCUGAAGCUCCUGAAGCAAACCAGCAUGGAGCUGCAGAGGUCAAAAUAGAGCAAGUGGCCCAAAGUGCUGCAGCUCCUUCAGAACCUCAAUCAGAAGCUCCAAUCAAGCAGCCUGUCUCACCAAAUGAGGAAGAAGUGAAGGAAAAGCCUGUGGAGGCUGCUGCCACAGUUGAAGCUGCUUCUGCUCCACAGGAAGUAGCACCUGCCCCAGAGGAACCUGCAUCUGCAAAAGAGGAGCCCACAACAAACUCAGAAAAAACAGCAGCUGCCCCAGAGCAACCUACACCUGCCCCAGAGGAACCUGCACCUGCCACAGUAGACCAAGUAGCUGCCUCUGUGGAACCUGCACUUGCCCCAGAGAAAUCUACACCUGCCUCAGAACUGGCAGCUGCCCCAGAGCAACACUCACCUGCCUCAGAAAAACUAGCAGCUGCCCCUGUGGAACCUGCACCUGUCUCUGAAGAACCAGUAGCUGCCCUUGUGGCAUCUGCUCCUGCUUCAGAAGAACCAAGAGUUGCCCCUGUGGAACCUGCACCUGCCACUGAAGAACCAACAGCUACCACUGCAGAACCUGCACCUGUCUUUGAAGAACCAGCAGCUGCCACUGCAGAACGUGCACUUGUCUCUGAAGAACCAGUAGCUGCCCAUGUGGCAUCUGCUCCUGCCUCAGAAGAAGCAACAGCUGCUCCAGUGGAACAUGCACCUGUCUCUGAAGAAUCAGCAGCUGCCACUGCAGAACCUGCACCUGUCUCUAAAGAACCAGCAGCUAUCCCUGUGGAAUUGGUUCCUGCUUCUGAAGAACCAGUAGCUGCUACUGUGGAACCUGCUGCUACCUUAGAAGAAAGGGUAGCUGCCCCAGAGAAACCUACACCUGCCUCUGAAGAAUCAGCAACAAAUCAAACAGUUGCUGCCUCAGUGCAAGCUGCUCUAGAGGAACCACCAGUUGUACCUGAAGAGGCUGUUUCUGCCUCGGUGGAGGCUGUAGUCUCCACAUAUGAACCAGAGGAGCCACCAGCUCCAGUUGAAACUGCUUCUAUGCCAGUAGAGUCUGUGGCUGCCCCAAAGGAACCUGCACCUGCUUCAGCAGAGACUGUUGCUGCCCUGGUGGAGCCCACAGCUGCACCAGAGGAACCAUCAGCUGUACAAGAACAGACUGUUUCUGUUCCAGUAGGGGUUGACGCUGCAUCAAAUGAAUCAGCAGCUGCCCCAGAGGAACCAUUGGUGCCUGUAGAAAUCACCAGUGCCCCACAGGAACCUGUACCAGAGGAAACUCCUCCACAUGUACAAGCUGUUGGACCUGAGGAACCACCAGUAGAGGUUGUAGCUGUCUCUGAGGAAAUCUUAUCUGCAGAACCUAUAGCUGCCCCAGCAGAGGCUGUUCCUACCUCACAAGAACAAUUACCUGCACCAGUAGAGAGUAUAGCUGUCUCUGAGGUGGUUGUAAGUGUUUCAGAGAAAUCUACAGAUCAAGCAGCUCUUGAGGAAACAUCAGUUUGCUCCGUGGAGCCUAUAGCUGCCCCAGAGCAGCUUGGAACCACACCAAAUGAGUCUGUAAUUGCACAAGAAGAACCUGAAACUGCUCAAGAGGAACUUGCAGCUGAACAAGUAGUACAGGAAGCUGUCCAGGAGGUUUUAAAUGCCAUGAAAGGUACACAAGUACCAGCUGAGAUCACAAAAGCUUCAGAGGUUUUGGAACUAGACACAAAACUAGAGGUUUCUGAACUUCUUCAUGAGUCUGACCCAGUUUCAGUAGCACCUUCUGCUCCAGAACCAGAAGCUAAACCUGAAUCUGUUGCAGAUGCUGAGGAACCCAUUCCUGAGAUUGUCAUUUCAGAAUCCACCUUGGCCAACGAAAUCUUAUCUGCAGAACCUUGCAGGCUUAUGGAGGAGAAGCUGGAAAAUGGAGAAUGUGAAAGCACUGUAUCAGCAGAAGAACCUUCACCAGCUGUAGCUAAAGAAAAUGGGGUGUGUCAGGAGCAGGUGACGGGAGAUGCUCCUGUAGAUGGCCCAGUAGAUCGAAAUGAGUGCAUGAACGGCGUGGUGGCUGAACAGGAACUUAACUGUGAACUGAAAAAGGACUUAAACAUGGCUGGUGAUGUUGGAGACAUGGUGGAGUGUCUCAGUGCCGCAGUGAGCCAGGCUGUAGAAAUGGCAUGAGAACAAAAUACAAACCCUUCACAUGUGAAUUCCAUCCUGAAGAAAAAUAAUAAAGUCCUCCAAUGACGCAAGCUUCCAGAAAUAUGAACAUACAAACUGCCUUCACAGUGACUCAGCUGCAGGGAGUUUAUGGGCACAACCACUGAAGAAGAAGAGGUGAAGAAUGGAGAGAACUGUUGAGAAGAAAAAGGGUGAAGAACAUGAAAGCUAGAAGAAUAAGAAGUAGAAGAGAGUAUUUCGUUGUGUUUUUGGCAUUGGUGAGCUCUAACUGCCUGAGCUGACUAAAAAUAAAAACCAGGAAAAAUGUGAAUGCUGGUUUGACAAAAAAAAAAAAAAAACACUGGACAUUAAUCAUAAAAAAUAAUUGAAAUGAAUAAUUCUUGUGUUUGCUUGUGAGUUUGAUCAAAAUGAAACUGUUUCUUGGGUUAGCACUGAAAUAUACAUAAUCAAAUUUAGACACUCACAUAUCCUUUUCUUAUCCAUGUAAUGAAGUAAUGAAGUUGUACGUUUUGAGCUUUUAGAGCUGAAACUAAGAGGAAUGCUCAUUUUAACUUUGAUGGCUUACAUUAGAAAAUAAAAUGAAAAAAACUCUA